AUGCUGACCGGGAAUAAAGAGAUAUCCCAGUAUAACACUGAGGAGAUCCUGGUGCUAAGAAACCAUGGAGUGGUUGCUCUGGGUGACACCGUAGAGGAAGCAUUUUACAAGAUUUUUCACCUGCAGGCUGCAUGUGAGAUACAGGUGUCGGCUCUGUCCAGUGCCGGGGGAGUGGAGAACCUCAUCCUCCUGGAGCAGGAGAAGCACCGGCCCCACGAGGUGGGCUCUGUGCAGUGGGCCGGGAGCACCUUUGGGCCUAUGCAGAAGAGCCGACUGGGGGAGCAUGAGUUUGAGGCCCUCAUGAGGAUGCUGGACAACCUGGGCUACAGAACGGGCUACACGUACCGCCACCCCUUUGUUCAAGAGAAAACCAAACACAAAAGUGAGGUGGAGAUUCCAGCCACGGUCACAGCCUUCGUGUUUGAGGAGGAUGGUGCCCCAGUGCCCGCCCUGCGACAGCAUGCCCAGAAGCAGCAGAAGGAGAAGACCCGCUGGCUCAACACGCCCAACACCUACCUGCGGGUCAAUGUGGCUGAUGAGGUCCAGAGGAGCAUGGGCAGCCCCCGACCCAAGACCACGUGGAUGAAGGCUGACGAGGUGGAGAAAUCCAGCAGUGGCAUGCCGAUUCGCAUCGAAAACCCAAACCAAUUUGUGCCUCUCUAUACCGACCCCCAGGAAGUGCUGGAGAUGAGGAACAAGAUUCGAGAACAAAACCGACAAGAUGUGAAGUCAGCGGGACCUCAGUCCCAGCUCCUGGCGAGUGUCAUUGCCGAGAAGAGCCGAAGCCCGUCUACAGAGAGCCAGCUGAUGUCCAAGGGCGACGAGGAUACCAAAGAUGAUUCAGAGGAGACGGUGCCCAACCCCUUCAGCCAACUCACUGACCAGGAGUUGGAAGAGUACAAGAAAGAGGUGGAGAGGAAGAAACUAGAACUUGAUGGAGAGAAAGAAACUGCCCCAGAAGAGCCUGGCUCACCUGCAAAGUCUGCACCUGCUUCUCCGGUGCAGAGCCCAGCGAAGGAGGCAGAGACGAAAAGCCCUUUAGUCUCUCCUUCCAAGUCUUUAGAGGAAGGUACUAAGAAGACAGAAACAAGCAAAGCCACCACCACAGAGCCCGAAACAACCCAGCCGGAAGGGGUGGUGGUCAACGGGAGGGAGGAGGAGCAGACGGCAGAGGAAAUCCUCAGCAAAGGCCUGAGCCAGAUGACCACCAGUGCUGACACGGAUGUUGAUACCUCUAAGGACAAAACCGAGUCGGUCACCAGCGGCCCCAUGUCCCCAGAGGGCUCACCUUCCAAGUCUCCCUCAAAGAAGAAAAAGAAAUUCCGAACCCCCUCCUUCCUGAAAAAGAGCAAAAAGAAGGAGAAAGUGGAGUCCUGAUUCACGACACUCGUGGGCUCCCUCCUGCCUCCUCUCUCUCCUCCCCUUCCCUUCUCCCAUCUCUGUCCCUGCAAGCACAGGGCCAAGGAGGGAUAGAGUAGGACCCUGGACCACACUCGGAAGGGGAACUUAGAGAUCGCCCGACCAACCCUUCGUUUUACCGUUGCCCCAGAGAAAUCAGGUGACUUGCCAAAGGUCACACAGCUAGUUAGCGGCAGAGCCUGCACUCGAAUUCAGGUCUCCUGACUUCCAGUCCAGUGCUCCUUCUGCUACACAACACUGCCUAGUUGUGGGCCGCCUUUGUUUGGAUGCUGCCCACCAAUCUGAGCCUAGGGCAAGAAGGCCAGAAAUGGGCCGUGAUCUCUUAUAGGCUCAGACUAAAUCAGACAGGUCGAGGCUUCCCCUGAGUAAGGUCCAUUUCUUCGCAGGAAUCCAAUCUCCUGCAGAUGGAGCUAUCUCUACAUUUAAAAAUCUCUUCUCUUUUCCACUUUGGGUCCCUGCCCUGCUGCUCAAAGCAACCAGCCAAAUUGACCCCUCCAACAGAAAGUAAUCUUUGUUCCCAAGGGCUGAUGGCUUAGCUUGUACUUCCCUACACAUUAACCCUGAGCUUUCUUCAUGGAACCUCUUGAAUGAUGGAUGGAAGAGCUGUAAGAGGUGGCAGGCAUAAGGGCAAACCAUGUAAGCUGAGGACUGGGGAUGGUUUCAUCAACAUAAGAGGCCAGGAACCUGACCCCUUUGUAUUGUGCGUCUCAGGCACUUCAAAACUAAAACCAAAUUUAGCAUAGGAAAAAGUUGUUUAAUGCUCAGGGUAGAAAUUUGGGGAAGUUGAAAUCCUCUGUUGGCUUUGGGUUGUAUAAGGAGGAUCAAAACAACAGAGGGAAUGCUAUGACUUUCUAGCUUUGCAUGACACCUGGAGCAAUGCACUGUACCUGCCUCACUCCUGUCCAGCAGUAAGGUGUCCCCUGACCUUCCCUCACCCCCAGAAACACUUGCUUACAGACGGAAACUGGCAUCUUACUCUUGGCACCUUGAUUUGCACCCUCUGAGGUUCCAACUCUGAGUCACUCUAGGUCCAGCAGAGGAGAAUCAGAAAUGAGCCCUUCAGGAUUAAUCCUCUUACACCAGCUCUCAGAGAAAUGCUGGGUGUCCCUGUCCCUGUCCCUAUCUGUCCAUCCUGGGGCCUGGUAAUGGCCACAGUUAUCGUUUUAAAUGCCACCACUGUCUUCUCAUGUUCUUCUGUGGGGCAUUGAUUAAUGAGCAUUGUUGGCUCCUAAAAAUUAGACAAUCCAUUCUCUUAAAAGCACAGUGUCUUGAAAGAAUAUUUUUCCUUUUCAUCUGACUAUUGUGAAAAUAUUUUUGAAAGUUCUUAAUCAUAGUUUCCCACUUUUGAGCACUUACUAUCUAUAGACACUGUGCAGGCUUCACAUACAUUACAUCCUUUAACCCUCACAGUAAUCCUUUGAGGUGGGUAAGAUCAUUCCCAUUUUGUGGGUGAGGAGAUUGACCCCCUAAAAAGAUAAUUGACUUGUCCCAGCUGACUUGGCUAGAAAGAUCUGGAUUCUGGAUUUGAAUCCAGGUCAAUCUGAGUCCAGAGCCUUUGCUCUUAACAGCUAUGGUGACCAGACAACUUUAAUCCUCAGGGGAGGUGGUUUUCAUCCAGGACUUGUCUCUAUGACUGGUCUCCAUUGCAUAAUGUUAGCACUUGAAGCAAAGGUAGGGAACUCCCUCUGCUCAUCGUCAUCAGUGCACUUGAAGUUCCUGGUCAAUAUGGACUAUGGUGAUGCUACUGUGUGCCUCUGACAAAGGACAGGCAAGAGCCUUCUGGCUGGGGCAGGAAAUACCAUCCAUAGUUGGCUAUUUCUCGAGAAGGAAGGAAACUGACCUAGUACCAAGGUAAACCUGACACUGUGUCUCUCUAGUGCAGAUUCCUAACUGCUACCCCAGGCUCCAUCUGUGUUCUACUUCCUGAUUGGGUCAGAUUUUAGGAGGGACAACCCACUGAUGCCUCAGAAAAAUCUGUCAUAUGGGAAAUGCCUUUAAAAGCCAAUCCCUUGAUGCCUUCUUUUAAAAAGUAUAUUUCACAUUCAUUUAUCCUCUCGUGGCAUUUGUUAAGGAUCCACCGAGCACCAGGCAUUAUGUUGACAUUGAAAGAGAGCCAUCAUUAUGACUAGAAUAAUAAGUGGCAAACAAUGUUGUGAGAAUAGUGAACACGACCUCUGAUGCAGCAAUUUGUGUGCGAGUUGUACUUCAGGAGUGAUGUUGAUUGCUUCUGCAUUCAACACACUCUCUUUAUUCCCUUGACAAUGAGGCCUCACUUAGUGGAAAUGUUGGAUGGAGUCUUGCUGCAGCAUUAUUUUUGGAAUUUAUGCCAUGGCCCACUUUCUGUUGAUAGAUGAAACCUAUCAGUUGGUUCAUUCCUCAUGCAUUCCAAAAACAUGCAUUGAGCUUGGGUCAAGCCAAGGGCCAGGCAUGAGGAUAGGCAUAGUUCCUGCCCUCAAGAAGUUCAUGAGCAUAGGAGGUGUAUAGACAAAUUGCAAAACAGGCAAGGGUACCAAGGUGGCAUAAGGAAGCAACAAUUAACUAUCUUGGGGACCAGAUAAACCCUGAGAAAAGCAAUGGCUGUUAGGGUUUUAAAACAAAGAGAAAUUUUCCAGUAGAAUGAAAGGGUUGGCAGGGCAAGCCACGAUGAGGGAAGAAUGUGUGCAAAGGUGUGGAUGCAUGAAAUGCCAUGAUGGGUUCCACUGAGCAAUGUGGCAUUGCCAGAGCAUGACGUGGAAGCUCGGGGGUUGAGGGGUCCCUUCACAGGUAGGCAGGGCUGAAUCCUAAGGAAACUGGUAGGAAGUGUGGAGGAGUUUGACUUGUCAUGUAAGGGGUUUGGAGCCCCUGAAGCCUUUAAAUCAGGAUAGAGUCAGCAUCAGAAUUGCAUUUUAGGAAAAUCCCUUUGGUGGCUGAAUGGAGACUGGACUGGAUGGGCAUGGGAUGGUGGCAUGGGAGCUAUGAGGCCUUUUUGAAAUGUCAAUACUAAAACAUAGUUGAUGGCCUGCUUUACACAAUGUUUCCUCUACAGCAAAUAGUAAGUUUCCAACACAAAAUUUGUUUCCAUAAAAAUCUUUGGAUAAA